AUGAAAGCGUCCUUAGACUCACGAAGACCAUACAACGGCCCUACUCGAUCAAUCGUCAUUGCGAUCGAUGUUGGCACGACGUUUAGUGGGGUGAGCAGACUAGACUGGCCUAGCGCGAUAUGCCGACUUAUCUCUUUCAUAGGUAUCAUAUUCCAUCCUCGAGCCUGGAGAAAUUCCCAAAAUAUUUGGCGUCACAAGGCAUCUGCCUCGCAGUUCCCGGGGCAGGAGCAUGUCGCUGGAAACUCCAAAAUUCCGUCGUUACUGUGGUAUGAUAGCCAUGGAAAGAUGGCGGCAGCUGGGGCAGAGGCAGAGGCUUUGACAGCACAAGCAGAAGAUGAGGGGUGGACCAAAGUCGACCUUUUCAAACUCCGUCUUCGUCCCCGCUCAAUGCAUCUCAACAUGAACGGAAUGCGAUUAGGAAGGCUACCAUUGGGGAAGACUCCAGUCCAUGUUCUCGGCGACUUUCUCGCUUAUCUCUUCACCUGCACACGCAAUUUCAUCGUGGACACACACGCCAACGGAAGCGCGCUGUGGGCCUCAGUAGAAAGCGACAUCAAAUUUGUUCUUAGCCACCCGAAUGGCUGGGAAGGCGCUCAGCAAUCCAAAUUCCGAAGGGCUGCGAUACAAGGGGGGCUGGUCCCCAGUACCGACGAGGGGAAAUCCCGAAUAUUCUUCGUAACGGAAGGAGAAGCAAGUCUGCAUGCUUGCGUUUUGAAUGGUCUAGCGGCAGAGGUGCUCUCUGACCCCUCAAAGCCGGGCUUCCUCAUUGCAGAUGCUGGUGGUGGAACAUGGGACAUUUCAGCAUAUAGCAUCACAGGAAAUCAACCUCUUCAAAUCGAAGAACUCGCUCCAUCCGAUUGCAUAUUUGCUGGCUCCGUUUUCGUCAGUCGAAGGGCACGGAGAUUCCUAGAGGAGAAAUUAAAACACUCGAAAUACGGGUCUCCCGAAGCGGUUGAACACAUUACCAAGCGAUUUGACGAGACGACAAAACGACUGUUCCGAGACGACCAGUCGUUGCAGUUUAUUUCAUUUGGCAGCCCACUCGACAAAGACUCGUCCGUUGGCAUCCGUGGCGGCAAGCUAAAGCUAACAGGAGAAGAAGUGCGAGAUCUCUUCGAGCCUUCCAUCGAGGCGGCAUUUGAAGCUAUCAAAGCCCAGGUUGACGCAUCUGCGGGAGUCAUCAAGUCGGUAUGGUUAGUUGGCGGUUUCGCUGCAAACCACUGGCUCUUCAACCAGCUUCAAGAGCGGCUGGCACCAUAUGGCGUUACCGUCAACCGCCCUGACUCCCAAACGUCGAAGGCAGUUUGCGAUGGCUCUGUUGGUUUUUACGUCGACCACCAUGUCUCUGUGCGCAUGUCGAAAGCAUUUUAUGGGGUUGAGUAUCUACGCGCGUUCGAUCCAGAAGAUGCAGAGCAUGCUAGUCGCGAGUCGACGCUCGUGGAGCUACCAUCCGGCCCGCGCCUUCUCCCUGACGCGUUUGAUUGCAUCUUGAAGCAGGGAAUUAAAGUGAAGGAAUCGACCGUGUUCUCGCGUAAAUACUCGACAGAGUUGACGAGCCUGAAUGUACUGUCCGUGUUUGAAGUCCUCAUCUGGUGUUAUCGCGGCAAGGGGGAGGUUCCGAUGUGGAUCUAUCGCGAUGCCGACGAGUUUUCGACGCUGUGCAUGGUCCGCGCGGACUUGUCGCCGCUGAAGAGCUCAGCUGUUGCCCAGGAGGGCAAGAAUGGAACCACGUUCUGGAAAAUCGUGUUUUCGAUCGAGAUUCACUUUGGCCUUACCGAGUUUCGUGCGCGUAUCAAGUGGCUUGAUAAUGGCGAAGUCAAGUAUGGUCCCGCUUCGAUUAUCUACAACGAACGCGGUCGACGCGUUGAAGAAGAGGAGCCGGAUGUGUUUUCUGAGGACGACAUGACCAUCGCUUCUGCCCGAUCUGAGCGGGUGCGCUCGCCACCAUCACUUUCCCGCCCUCCAUCCUCCGCAGCGUUGCGCUCACCAGCUCUUGCUCCGCCACCUCCACCACCUCCAGCUCCUUUUACCGAGAGCCCCAAACCGCCCACACCAGGCCCGAGUGUGACUGAACGCGAAGUGAUUCCAGAUGUUGCCCGCCUUCCGCAGGAGCAACAACCUGCCGAGGUUGGCAGUGGAACUGGCACCAGUGAACGCGGGUCUGCUGACCGUGAGCCGUCACGUGGCCGCAAGUCGUCAAAGGCGAAGGGGAAAGAGAAGGAAAAGGACAAAGAACGGGAGAAGAAGGGGAAGGAAAAAGACUUGCGACACGAGGAGAGCGUGAUGAGCCGGUCGUCUUCGAAACUUGCAGACGAGCUGACGUCGGUGUGGGGAAAGGGAAAGGACGCAUCCAAGAGCCCGCCAACACAGAGCCGGGGGUUUGAUGCACCAGAGACAGUUGUCGAAGAAACUGUCCAGCCUCCUCCCGUCGACGAAGUCCCCCCUGCUGCCACUACUCCCAAACUACCGCCAGCCGAUAUCACAGAGCCCCCGCCCGCAGCAGAUACUCCCAAAAGUCCGAAACCUGCUGAACAAGCUGUCGAUGAACCUCCGAAAGUGGACGAGUCGCAACAACAACCGGUAGCAGAAGCAGUCCUUGAGCCAGCAGCGGUCCCGGCGGCGACGGAAACGAAGCCAGAAACAGGCGAGGCUCAAGUGGAGGGGGCCCCAGUUGUGGAAUCGCAACCCGAGCCGCCAGCGACCACGUUAGAAACCGAAGCGAAGCAGAAAUCCGAGACCCCGCCCGCAGACGUGCCAAAAAGUCCGAAACCUGCAGAACAAGUUGUCGAUGAACCUCCGAAAGUGGACGAGGCGCAACCAAAGCCAGUAGAAGAGGUAGUCCCGGAGCCACCCCCAAUCGUUGGAACCGAAACGAAGCCAGAAACGGGAGGGAACACAGUGGAAGAGGCCCCAGUCGUGCAAUCGCAACCUGAGCCCGCCGCAGACCCUGUACCCCCUGCAGCGGCUACUACAGAACAGCCUUCUUCCCAACCAACGGUCGAACAGUCAUCAGAUCAACCGGCCGCGGAUCAACCAUCAACGGAUCAAUCUACCGCUGAGCCGGCGACGACAGAGCAACCUGCACCAGAGCCAGCGGCAGUAGAACCAACAGCAACAGAACCCCCGGUAGCAGAACAACCCGCAGUAGAGCAACCAGCAGUAGAGCAGCAGGUAGCAACGAAGCCGGCGGCAACAGAGCAGCCGGUGAUCGAACAGCCACCGGCAGAACCGGCAGCAGAAGUGACGGCAACAGAACCGCCAGUGGUAGAACCAGCAGCGGUUGAGCAAGCACCGGAACAACCGGCAAUGGAACAGCCGGCACCCGAGCCAACACAUAGUGCGCCAAUCCCUGCUGAAUCCCCCAAGACCCCUGUCGUUGGAUCAGUAGUAGAGAAGGACCUCCCACCGCCACCGCCCGAAGAGACCGCGAAAGAGGAACCAAAGAAGGACAAAGAGGCCUCCCAACCCCCUACUCCCGUUGCACGCUCAAAGCCACUUGUCGAGAUUCUGACUAGCUUCGCUGCAACCAAGUUGACGCCUGGUCUGCAGCACCUCGCGCUGCCAGAGCAAAUUCCACUGCCACUUUCCAGUGCUGGUUCGCCGAUAAGUGCGCGGACACCGAGGGCACACGGCAGUCCGCUCACGCCAUUCGACAACAACCUCGGGUGGCAGGCAGAGUCGGGCGAUCAGUUGUUCAAGGCGCCGUCACGUGCUCCGUCAGUCGCGCCAUCACCCAGUCUCAAAUCAUCAUUGUCGUUGCAUCUCGGGUCCGGAGCUGAAGAGAGCGCAAGUACGGGCAGUAGUGCAACUCCAGCCAAGUCGACACUCACGAAAAACCAGCGCAAGAAUCAGAAACGAAGGAAAGGAUCGGCUGCAGCAGACGGAGGAGAGUCCAAGUAG